UAAUAAUUCAGUUUAAAUGCAGCAGUGUCAAAGUAAAGUGGACAAGUUUUAAAAUGCUGAAUUUUCGAUUAAUGAUGGUUGGCCUUUUAUGGGCGAAUUUAUAUUUUGUGUGCAUAAAUGCUAAUAGUUAUGACGGUUACAAAUUAUAUGAACUGCUACCGAAAGAAGAAAAGGAUUUAAACCUUUUGAAUAAUUUAAAACAACAAGAGGAGCGCUAUUAUUUUUUAAACCCCCAAACCGUUAUAGUGGAACCCAACAGCUUUAGAGAAUUUGAAAAUACUUUAAACAAGUAUAAUUUAAAAUAUAAAAUAGUAGACGAAGAUGUGGGCAAAACGUUAAAACGCAAUUUUGAAGUAAAUCGUUUGUUAAAAACUCUAAAGCCUUACAAGGGACAAGGCCGUUUAAGCACCGAACGUUAUUACAGUCAUGGCGAAAUAAAUGCUUAUUUAGAAUACUUAGCCCAAUCAUAUCCCCAACGUGUUGUACUUAAAACAGUGGGCUAUUCCUUUGAAGGACGUCCCAUGAAGGCUCUCACAAUUACUAAUGGUCAGGGUAGUUAUGAUAAAAAUGUAAUUUUAGUUGAUGGUGGAUUUCAUGCUCGUGAAUGGAUUUCACCAGCCUCGGCAAUUUAUGCCAUUGAACAGUUAGUGGAGAACUACGAGGAAAAUAAAGAACUAUUAGAGAGUUACAAUUGGGUCGUUUUGCCGGUAGUGAACCCAGAUGGUUAUGAAUAUACACAGGUGUCUGCUGAUACUCGCAUGUGGCGUAAAACUCGUAAGCCGUUAUUCCAUGAAGGUGCUAUUUGUUAUGGUACUGAUCCUAAUCGUAAUUUUGAUUUUCAUUGGAAUGAGGAGGGUGCAUCCUCGGAUCCCUGUUCGAAUACUUUUGCUGGACCAAAAGCAUUUUCUGAACCUGAAGCUAUGGUAGUAAGGGAUUUAAUACAUACAUUUAGUGUUAAAGGUCAAAUGUAUUUGACCCUACAUUCGCAAGGAAAAUUGUUGCUGUAUCCUUGGGGUUGGAGUGCCGAUUUACCCGAUACCUGGGAAGAUUUACACGAAGUCGCCACUGCCGGAGCAGAAGCCAUAUACCAAGCAACUGGUACCAAUUACACAGUGGGUUCAUCGACAACCGUUCUCUAUGUGGCUGCUGGUGCUAGUGAUGAUUAUGCUUUCAAUGCUGGUUUUCCCAUAUCAUUUACCAUGGAAUUGCCAGGAGCUGGUUCUACAGGUUUUGAUCCCCCCGUUGAAAUGAUUGAUGAAUUGGUUAAGGAAACCUGGGUGGGCAUUAAAGCCAUGGGUCUUAAAGUUAUUGAAAAAUACCCAGUGGUAUAAUUAUUACUUACCAAGUUACGAUAAUUAGGUUUAAAAAUGAAUAUAAUUAUAAUGUUAUUAAAAGGUUUUUCUUUUAAUUAAUAACAAUA